AACUAGGGUGCCUCCAGGGUGUCCUGGCUUUGUAUCACUGUACGAGCUCGGAGGCAGUCGCAAACGCAUCAACUUUGAUUACAAUUUUUUUGCAACAUUUUGUGAAAACUGAAAAGAUCUGAAACGCUGGAAAAAACGCAUGUCUGAAAACAGUGUGAUCACGUGUAGCGAGAAAACGGCCCGAACGAAGAAUAGAGCCAUUAGAAAGCUAAAAAAGAGGCGUAUGUUAUUGCCAGACAGCGUGAAAAUUGGUGUUAUCAAUUUAAUGACAAUGUACAGAACGAGGCACGUUCUCCAUGGUUAGAGUGCACAAGUGAACCACAGUGUCCGAAACUGAUGUGGCCCACUUGGAUGUAAUUGCAAUUUAAGUGACGGGUCUUGGACACAGUUUCAGUAGUUUUUUUGUUUAUUUUUUUGCGUGACAAACCGCGACCGCCGAGCCAGCCAUUGUUGAUGCUUAUCGAAAUACGCGAGAGGAAAAUUGUUUCUGUUCUGCAUCCGCUCGAACUAACUAACCAGCGCAAACAAAACGGCACCAGCAGCAGCAGCAUUCAGUUCUAGCCGAGAUGCGAGCGCGUUGGACGGAAAAUCGUUCCGGUUCCAGUUAGUCAAAGGGAAAAGUGCUUCGUAUUAUAAUAGUACAAAAAGUGAAUUAUGCCGUUUAAAAGCGUUCAGUGGAUAUAGAAGAAAAAUUAAACUGUGUUAAAAAUGUCACGCUUCACAAUGGUGGCCCCACGAACCAUUAGCAAGUUAUAUAAGUAAUCCAGUGAUACCCAGUGUGUGUCUGUGUGUGCGUGUUAGACAGGAUCCACUGAAGGACCCACAUUUGAUGACACUGGAAAUCGAUUACCUCACUAACAACAGAAAAAGAAAGAAAAACAAACAUUUACGAGUCGGAUAGUUAGAUCUCGGAAUUAGAAUAGUGCUAUCUAUCCUCGCGAUUUUUUCUUGCUUGUUGUCUGCCACUAUAUCGACCCGUCGCUUCCGGACGCCGCAGCAGUGAGUGGAGGGAGGAGGGAACUAAGACUGAGCCCAAUCAAACAAAAGUGGAAAUGCAUCGAUCAUGAGAUUCCCCAAGGUAUCGCCGAAAAAGUGUUUCUUUCUUGUUUUGUGUUUCGCCGUACUGGUGCUACUAGUUUUCAACCUAAGAGACCGAGAAGUGGGAAGCAAGACAACACGCCCCGUUUACGCCACACGAGAUGAGUACCAGGUCGAGUACAGCAACCAGGAUACCGCCAAAGAUGAGUCACUGUUCAGCACGGACCUUGCCGGUUUCGAACAGGGCAAGGACGAAAACGAGUUGGACGCCCGCUACCAGGUGGACGAUAAGCCACCGGUCCUGCACAGCCUGAGCGAGUUGAGCUUCAGCGAGCGGCCGUGGUAUUUCUCGAAUGGAGUGCGCUACCCGAAACCGGUCCGCCGGAAUAGAAAAACCAACAAACGCAACGCCCGGCUGCUACCAUCAGAGACCUCGCGGAGCGAUCGCAUAACCAACCAGCUGAUGUUUGUUCCACCCAACUACGAAGCGGUGAAGCGAAAGGGUAAAUCGAAAACUAUCCUGCUGUACAACGGAUUGGGACCGUGGAACGUGAAGGCCGGUCGGGAUGUAUUCCUCCACUCUAAAUGCCCAGUGUCGACAUGCAGCAUCACGGCGGCAAAGGAAAAAGUAACGAUGGCCGAUUUGGUGCUGUAUAAAGAUCACUAUAUUCAGCCGGCCGUGCCGCGGUCCGCCCGGCAAAUCUACAUGAUGUACUUCCUGGAGUGCCCCUACCACACUCAGCAUGUCAAAUUUCCCGAUGUGUUCAACUGGACGGCCACCUACAGAAAAGACAGUGACGUCGUGGCACCGUACGAGAAGUGGGAAUACUUUGAUCCUCGAAUUCGCCAGGUCGAACAGGACCGCAACUAUGCGCUGAACAAAACACGCAAGGUGGCCUGGUUUGUAUCCAACUGUGGAGCCCGGAAUGGUCGCCUCCAGUAUGCCCACGAAUUGCAGAAACACAUUCAGGUCGACAUUUACGGUGCCUGCGGCACGUACAAAUGUUCCCGUACGACAGCGGAAAAGUGCUUCGAAAUCCUAGACCGGGACUACAAAUUCUACCUGGCGUUUGAGAAUUCCAACUGCAAGGAUUAUAUAACCGAAAAGUUCUUCGUCAAUGCCCUCAAUCGCAACAUAUUACCGAUCGUGAUGGGCGCACGGCCGGAAGACUAUGAGGCCAGUUCCCCUCAGAAGUCCUACAUUCACGUGGAUGAGUUUGCCUCUCCGAAAGAACUGGCCGAAUACCUUAACAUACUGGAUCGAAACGAUGAACUGUACAAUUCCUAUUUCAAGUGGAAGGGCACGGGUGAGUUCAUCAACACCUACUUCUGGUGUCGAAUCUGUGCCAUGCUGCACGAUGAAGCGUCUUUCCAAACACCCAAGUGGUACGAAGACAUCAACGAUUGGUGGCGGGGACCGGGUGUGUGUACGAACGGUUCCUGGCGGAACUUCCGAGCCCGUAAGGAUGCUAUGAGCGAAGAAUGACACAAAGGACAUCGUAAUAACAAUCAUCGGCGAAAGGGCAUCAGAGUGUCGGAGAGACUACAGAAAGGUCCUACCGAUAAUAUUGCAAUUAAGCUGCCAUAAAGCUGUGACAGAAUGCCCAUUCUAAAAACCAAAACCAAACAAACAAACAAAAAAAGAAUCUUGAAAGACUAAAUCGAAAGAAUUAGCCCAUCUUGGAAGGUUGGAAGUAAAAAUUUCAAUUACCUUUAUAGAAGCUUUUUCAAGUAACCGUACCAUGCGAUCUAGUCCAACUUUUACAAUGGCAAAACUUAACAAUAGACGAAUGGAUCUCACAAAUAGGCGCUCACUAAUAAUGUUAUAUUCUAACGCAGCGAAUCAGAGAGCGGAACAAGAGGAUAAAUCUGGGGCUGCAAACAGAAAUCAAGACUAACGAAACAUUCGAUUCGAUAAUGUUAACCACUCAUUUGUGAUUUUAGUUACACUAUUUCAUAGGUUUGUUGUUAUUUUCAUUAGUUGAAUUCUAUCUUUCGAGCUACUCGUAUUGUUUAGUAGUCAAUGAAGCAAACAAACUAUCUCAUCAGUAUUAUUGUUCAUAUAUGUACGUACUUUUAAUCUGCAUCGGAAACAAAGAACUACCGCAAGUGAUACUGCUAUACCAAAUGAAAUGCGCUCAUAAACUCGUCACAAACUACUACAACUACUAUUACUAUAUCAAUUUAGUUAGAAUUAAAAAAAAAGCAAACUGAACUUAGUUAAACUUCUUCUUCUCUUCCAAACAUCUUAAAGUGUAAUGCGAACAAUGAAUGAUAAAUUAAUAAUAAUUUAAUAAAAACUGUGCGUUUCUAAGUCAAAUUACUACACCAUAGCGUACGCGGUACGAUUGUACUUUGAGCUCGAAUGGCAGCAUUUACUGAGGAAAGUGGUUGACUAUUGUUUGAAUAAUUUUUGUUUUGUUUUGUUUUUUUUUUACUGCGGUUGACGUUGGUGAAAAUUUACCACUCGUACACCUAUUUAAGCUGCUAGCGCAUACUUUACGACAAUUAUAAGUACAGAGAAAAAUAUGUGGAUCUUUUGGGUGUAGAAAUAAAAUUCAACUGAAAUGGUUUCACGCA